AUGGCUAGUGAUGCGCCCGAAAAGCCAGAGCAGACCCCUCCUGCGCCUGAGGUACCAGCUGAUGAAGCGCCCGCUACAGCGAUUCCCGAUCCUCGAUUACCAACUCGCAAGGAUGUCUCGCUACGAGAGUUCCUGAACAAGAUGGAUGACUAUGCGCCGAUUAUUCCCGACGCAGUCACACACUACUACAUGACCAAAGCCGGUCUUCCACCACCUCCCCAGACCGAUCCACGCCUUGCGCGACUCCUCGCCCUAGCAACCCAGAAGUUCAUCGCGGACAUCGCCGCAGAUGCAUACCAGUACAGCAGAAUCCGCGCAUCAUCCAAUACCAACAAUCCUAUGGGGUCUCUUGGUGCAGCUGCCGGAUUCCCUAUUCCUGGUCAACCAACUGGCCAGCCCGGAAGCAAGGAUCAAGCUAAGGGAGCACCGCUGGGCAUCCAGCGACCGGGCUACGGAGGUGGUGGACAGGGCGGUAGCCAGAACAGGACUGUUUUAACUAUGGAGGAUCUUGGUAUGGCUGUUGGAGAGUACGGUGUCAACGUCAAGCGUAGCGAGUUCUACCGCUGA